AUGUCUACAGAUAGCAAUGUUGAUACCAGUAGUUCUUCAUUGAACGAGAGUGGCAAUGUAGAGCAAGCAACAUUUAAUUCUCAAGAUACGAACUCACUUUCAAAUCUUAUCGAAUGCUAUGACCUAUAUUUUAGGUUCAAUCAUCGUAGCAAUACAACUACAACUAGAAUCCAAUGUGUUAGCCACUUUGUUGAGUAUCAUUAUGCAAAGUAUUCACACUACUUCGACCCAGAUGGUUAUACUAAAUUCAUUGCCGAAGUAUUCUUUGAUCCAUCUCAAGAGGUAUUCGAUCAGCUAUUAUUAUUACAUUUUGAAGAAAACAGUGUUUUACUUGAAACCGUUUUUUAUAAAAUAAUUAGCCAUAAUAGAUUUAAACCUUGGUUCCGUCAAAUGAAUGAAUACAGCGUCACUCGAUUGAAAUACAGAAUUGGACAAUUCAGAUAUUGGAUAGAAAAAGAUCGUCUAAAGAAAAUAGCGAUUUUCAAAAAAAAAAACCUAUACGAUAUAGUUUACAAUAACAAGAGUAUAUGUCAACAGAUUAGCAAGACUGAAACAAAGACACGAGUAGCAAAUGAUUACAUCAAAGUGGAAUCAAACAACAACAUUAUAUUAUCGAAGCUAUUGUUGGAAAAGAUCGUUUCAUAUUCAAUUGUAUUUAAUGAUUUCUCGGAGCAAAGAUAUAAGGAAUCAAGCUAUUCAGCAUUCAGAAAUGAACACACCAAUCUCUCAGAUAUUGUCGAUGUAUCACAGAUCUUAAACUUUGCAUUGGUAUCGAAACAUUUCUUUUCAUAUGUUUCAAAGGUGGUCAAUAACAAGCAUUUCGAUUGGAAUGGAUUUCUCAAUAUCAACAACACCAGCAACGAAUACAGUCUAGUGAAAUCAGCACCAUUAUAUUUCAAUUAUGAAUCAAUUAAAUACAUUCCAUAUGAUAAAGGUGUUGGUUAUGCCUAUCGACUGAUGUCAAGAGUCGAAACAUUCGUGAUUCAAUCAGAUGAAGGUGGUUAUUCAAAUGGAGACCAAGUUAGAAAAUCUAUUUUUGACCAGCAAUACAGAGAUUUGGAUAAUAUAGAAUCAAACUAUAGAUACUACGUUGUAACCGAUAGAUAUUUGGUUUAUCCACCGCCAAUGCCAAAUCUCAAAGAGAUAGUCAUUACCAAGUAUCUUGGAUUCGAACAAAAUUAUACAAAGUUACUCACCCACAUCAUGGUAACCACACCGAAUGCCAAUGGAAAUGGCAUUGAACGAUUCACUGUUAACAUUAUCAAAGAUUCAAGUGAUGAUCCGGAUUGUAGUUAUCUUUAUUUCCUCAAACCUCUCUUUGAUUAUCACUCCAAGACACUCAAAUCAAUUGAUAUUUCUUAUAGUUUAUUAAAUAGAGAAGACUAUACUCAUCUUUAUGUACUAAUGGGUGAUAUAAUCCCACAAAUCAAAGAAAAUCAUAUCAAUUUGACUAUGGUGGUUGAGAAAUCAUCUGAACCAUUAGCAGCUUAUUUUGAUGAUGAUGAUUCACCUGAGAUUAAUCAAUUCUUAGUAGACACUAUCCAAAUAAUUAAUAAAUAA